AUGAAUAUCAUCGGAUACUACCUGGCUAUCUACGACGCCAUCUCGCUUUCCGAGCACUUCUUCUACCUGAAGGGCUUCAGCGGCUACAACCUCGACAUCUACAACAACAAGAAGUUUCUGAACCCAGGAUACGCGGGCGCGUUCGCUUUCUGCUGCGGUGCUGCGGGUACUGCAAUUGGUAUGGACCAGACGUGUAUGCCUCCAGAAGAUCUUGCUGCCGACGGCAAAACGGGGCAGACCCCGUAUAACCAGGAGAUGAAUGUCAUCAACACAGAUAACUAUGGGGCUCUGUAUCGUCUGGUGGACGAUUUGGCGGAAGUGCUAAACGAGAACGCCAAGCUAAAACAGGAUAUUUGGGCACAGACAGAUCAGAUCUCUGCGUCACUUAAUGCUAAUUACCAGGGCCUGAUUCCGGCAGAGGACGAAAGCAGAUUUAAGUACCGCAAUCUGAAGCCCAUUGACGACACGCAGCUGUAUGCGCCUUCGCCAAAAACCAGGCGUAUCCAGGAACUGAGACUAGAGAAUCAGCAACUGGCAGACCUUCUGACAAAUAGGAAAAGAUACAACCAGGAACUGCGCGAUGCCGUUGACGACUCAGAGGAAGAUCUCCUCAAGAUUCUGGAGGUGCUGUCUCAAAAAUGCGUCGAAAUGAACAAACAACAGCUCGAAGACCAAAAACGCUACAGCGAACAAAUACUCAUCAAGAAGCAGCAGAUGCACGCCAAAUUUCUCCAACUUGCAGACAUGGACGAAAAAUUCAAACAGCUAUAUUCUCUAUUCCACCAAUUGCGCUCCUAUUUAGACGAGAACGUCGACCUACAGAUUGCUCCCCGAUCCUAG